AUGGACUCCCAGGUAACUCUCGUUGACAACGAUUUCGAACUCGCUGUUCCAGAUCCGGCAUUCGGUGCAACAACAAUACUGGACUUUGACCAUGAUGUGAUGACAUCGACGAAUGCCACAGUGCGUGGACAGGGUCGCCUACGAUACUCUGUGAGAACCGUCAGGGCUAGUCUGGCAGGGACGAACCUCAAGACCGUUUUCAGCCAGGAAGAGAGGAUACUGGCAACGGUGCAGCACAGGGAUGUCAUCCCGGAUUUGAUGACGUUAGGUGGUGAAACUACAAGGCUUGGCAGCUGGUUCAAGAUGCCUAUGUUUUCAUCGUUUCCUGCGUCGUUCCGCGAGGGGAGAGAGACGUAUUGCUGGAAAGAAGGCCGGGGCGGCGGAAUUGAUUUGUACAAGGGAAGCGGCGCUAGUAGUAGUACUAGUACAAUCGCUCGCUUCUACCCCUCUAAUUUCGUUCUGACGCACGAUCGGAGAAGGAUUAUGUGUCGUGCUCACCUGGACUUGCGAGCUGAAGCUGAUCUCAUACGCGAAAAGGUGUUCAUAUCCUGUGUGCUAAUUGUGCAAAAGACGAGGAAGGACGCGCAGGCGAAGAAAUGGGACUUGGUGCCAGCUAAUAGUCAAUUUGGAUUGAUCGCCUUCUGUUGUAGCUUGAUGAGGCCCUUUUGA